CAACUCAAUUAGAAGUUAUAUAAAGUAUAUACAGUUUGAAACAAGGGAAAAAUGGGAUUAAAGUCAUUUAUGCUUAUUGUUUUGGCUAUUUUUCUUGCAAUAACCUCAGAGGUUGCAGGUAGGAAGUUGUCUCAGAGCUCCACCACUUCUCCGGACAAGGGAAUCGGAGGACUUCCAAUACCAAGAAUUCCGGGAAUCGGAGAACUUCCAAGACCAAGAAUUCCGGAAAUUGGAGUACUUCCAAGAUCAGGAUUAGGAGGAGGAUUUGGUGGUAUAGGACGUGCAAAUGAGGUAAAUGAAGCCAAAUUUCUAGGAAGUGGAGGAGUUCCAGGACGUGAUGGACUUUCAGGAGCUGAAAUUUCGAAAAUUGAAGGACUUCCAGAUGUUGUAAUUCCGAUAAUCGGACUUCCAAUACCAAGAAUUCCGGGAAUCGGUGGAUAUUAUCCUGGUGAUGGUUAUGGUGGAGGAUAUCGUAGAGGUGGUUUGUAUGGAGGAGGAUUGCCUCGCAACUAAUUAAUUUAAGGUUAAUUAUGUACUAAGGUGCAUAUAUAUAUAUAUAUCAUGUCAUCAUGUCAUGUUUCGUUAAAUAAAAUAUUAGGAGUCUCAAAGAACUUAAUUUAUAUACGUUUACAUGUUAUUGACAUGCAAAUAGUUUAAGGGAAAUCCUAAUGAAGUCAUGUCUAUUUACUUUGUCUUUGUUAUGUCUGCUGCACUUUAUACAACACUAUAUUAUCCCCGAA